GAUUGCAUCGGACCGAAGUUGUCAUUUCACUUUAAGAAUACGACUUGCGGAGAUCACGCGUUCCGUUCUAAGUUAUCGCGAAACAAAACAAUAAAACGAGAUCCGUUUUGUUUUUGUGGGAAGUUUUGAUUUCGGUGACUUAAUAAAAAUAUUUAAGACACAUUUAUCAGGGGCUAUGGAUCGCACAUGAAAAUAAAAAGGUUUUAACAUAAACAGACAGUAUUAAGCCAAGAUGGAAAAACAAGAGAAACAUCAGACUCCGGGUGUUCGCCCAGUAAUGGAUACGUACAGCUCAAAAAUCGAACUUGCCUAUAAUGGUUCCAGAGAAGAUCUUGAUCCUUAUGUACCAGCUGCCCACAGACCGUUAGAGUCAAACACAUCGAGUUUCGGUGCAUUAGCGCAUUUACUAAAAGCCUCAUUAGGCUCUGGUGUACUGGCUAUGCCUCUCGCCUUCAAAAAUGCUGGUCUACUCGUUGGUGUUAUCGGAACUAUGGCCAUAGGCUUCGUCUGUGCUCACGUUAUACAUGUAUUGGUGAAAACUUCACAAGCUUUAUGCGUUGAAAUCAAGAGGCCUUGCUUAGGAUAUGCGGAGACAUGUGAUCUAGUGUUUCAGACUGGCCCAAAACCAAUCAGAAAAUAUGCACCCUUUGCCAGAGAGUUGGCGGAUUGGGCUCUUGCUGUAACACACUUAGGAGCAUGUUGUGUGUACAUUGUCGUUAUAGCGGAGUCCUUUAAACAAGUAUCCGACGAAUACGGAGGUCCGAAAUGGUCUGUGUCAACAUUCUGUGCUCUGACACUAGUCGUGUUGAUACCAUUGACACAGAUAACGAAAUUAAAAUACCUAGUUCCAUUCUCGGCUCUGGCUAACUUUGUAUGGCUUACAUCCAUCUGCAUAUCAAUAUAUUAUUGUUUAAGAUCUCCACCACCACUUAGUGAAAGAAAUCUAGCUACCUCUGUAUCAGGAUUGCCCAAUUUUAUAAGCACAAGUCUUUUUGCCAUGGAGGGAAUCGGAGUUGUGAUGCCAGUAGAGAAUGAAAUGACAAAGCCUCAACAGUUCCUUGGUUGCCCUGGUGUAUUAAACAUUGCUAUGACAGCGGUUGUGGCUCUUUACACCUUCGUUGGGUUUUCCGGAUAUCUGAACUUCGGAGAAGAAGUCAGAGGGAGUCUCACUUUAAAUCUACCCCAGGAUGAAAUCCUAGCCCAAGUAGCGAAGAUCCUAGUUGCGUGUGUGAUGCUGCUAUCAUACGCAUUAAUAUUCUACGUUCCCGUCGACGUGGUAUGGAGACGACUGCAAGAGAAAAUCCCCGCUCGGAGCCACAGAUGGUCCAUAGCAGGCCUGAGACUCGGAGGAACGCUAUUGACUGUGGGUCUCGCCUGUGCUAUUCCGAGAUUGGAACUCUUCAUGGAGUUGGUCGGAGCUGUGUGUCUGUCUGUAAUGGGUUUAUCACUUCCUGCUAUUGUCGAAACUGUUUUUCGAUGGGACAAAGAUAUGGGGACCUGCAACUGGAUUUUAUGGAAGAAUUGUCUUAUUUUAUUAUUUUCCAUGGUAGCUAUGGUAUCAGGAGUAACUUUUUCUAUAAAAUCGAUGAUAGAUAAUUUGUGAUAUUUAGAAUAAUGGCUGUGUAACUAAAAAUUUUAUAUCUUAGACAAUAUUAGUACAAGUGUCAUUUCAAGCAAAAACUUUACCGUUUGUGUUCAUUAUAAAACACUUUAUUAGCUCCAAAAUAAAAUGUAUCGGUAUAAAUAAAAUCAAAUACAAGGGUUUAAAUUUAAGUAAGAUUAUAAUCUGAACAAUAUGUUAAUAUAAUUUCAUUAAACAUUUUAUUGAUAUGGUUAUAUGAAGAAACGCAUUUGAAGAUCGAAUCUUAUUGAUAGCAAUAAAAAAAACGUGUUCUUUAUAAUCCAAUAAUUAGUUCAAAAGUAAAUCUAACACAUAUAUUCUUUAAACUUAAUUUUAUUUUAUGUUUUCGAACCCUGUUUAUAACUAACCAUCUGUAAUUAUUCAUACAUCUCAUUGUAUUUUAAACAUUAAGCUGGAUAUUCUGUUUUUUGGAUUAAAAAAAAAAUACAUACCAAAUACCUUUUACAAAGGUAUAACCGUAGAAUUUAUGUAUAUUUAUCAUUUAUCUUUGAGAAAUCCAUGUAAUGAACACUUAUAUUCAAUCUUCCUUGUCGACAAGCCCAUCUUUCUACAUGACUGACUUAACAUACGACGUAAAAAGUAAAUCCAACAUUGUAAUAUAUUUUGUAAAUAUAAAUAGGUGGAACCUAAUUAAUGGGUCAAUGAAUAUCUCGUAUCAUUAGAUUCAAGAUAUUACUUUUAUUUAUCUUAGGAAAAUUACAUUGUCUGUUAAUUUAAAAUUAUCAUAUUCCUUUCUUUUUUUUUUCACUUAAAGAAAUCCUCGCUAAACUCGAUCUUUAAUAUUAUGUUUAAAAUGAAUUUUAUUAUUAAUAUUAUAAUUUAAAAAAGCAGUUAUAUAAUAAAAGAAUGAAUACGUGAUGACGUUGAUUAUUCAUUCAAUUUUAAACUGUAUCCGUUUCGACUAAAUAAAAUUUCAUUCUUAGAGCACAGAGAGGUCUGACAUGCCUACUGUAUAACAAUGUUAUUAUCAAGUCAUGCAAAUUACACGCUUUUCAGGAAAUACGCAAAACACUAAUACUAGUUAGUUAUUUUUGAAAUGUAUAAUUUAAUACUUGUUAGGUAUAUUCAAGGUUUUUAAGUAAAAUUUCAUUGUAAAUUAUCUUGUCACGGAUAUAUUAUCUCAAAUCUUUUAUUAUAUGUUACUAUAAAUUAUAAGAUUUCUUAUUUCAAAGUUGUGAUAACCAAUUGACCAAAAAUAUUAAAAAAAAAUUUAUUGUAUUAUAAAUACUAUUUGGUUGUGAAUAAAAAGAAUAUUGAAACUUUUCAAA